AGGUUUAUUGUAAGUCAAAGUGGUGUUAAGACAAGAUCAUUUGGUGAGAAAAUGUUGGGAAUAGCGUUGAUUAUUACGGUAUUUGUGCUGUGGUUUCUCCACUACCUCUGGAGGGAUUGGGACCUCUAUCGUGUGGCUUGGAAGAUGCCAGGACCCUUUAUGCUACCCUUAAUUGGGAAUACCUACUGUACUCUUGGAAUGUCUCAUGAAGGAAUUCUGGACUAUUUGCGCCUACUUUCCCAUAAAUACCCUAGCCCCAUGAGAUUCUGGUUGGGUCCUAAGCUUUUUAUACUGAUCUCGAAGCCUGAGGAGUGUCAGGUGGUCUUUAAUGCUCAGGAAUGUCUCAGUCGAGAUGAUAUUUAUGAUUAUAUAAAGUCCUUUACCGGAGAUGGUCUUGUUACCCUUCCUGCUGCAACAUGGAAAGACCAUAGGAAAUUCCUCAAUCCUUGCUUUAGUUUGAAAAUCCUUCAGAGCUACAUGCCAAUCUUCAACAAUGAAGUCAAAACCCUUAUUGGUCGCCUAGGUCAGAAGAUAGGAUCAGGAUCUUUUGACAUGUACGACAUGAUGGAUGCUUGUGCUUUAGAUGUUGUCUGCCAAACAACUCUAGGAACUCAGAUGAAUAUUCAAAAGAAUGAAAAUAUGGAUUACCUUGACGCGGCCAACAGCCUCCUGGCCAUCAUGACAACGCGCAUCUUUAACCCAUUCUACCACUCAGACUUCAUCUUUAAGCUCAGCAAGUGGGCCAAGUUGGAACAGAAGAAUUCAGACAUUACCUUUGGCUUUGUCGAUGAUAUCCUGCAGAGGAAGAAGGCAGCAUAUAAGAAAGCAAUGCCCAUUGAGGAUAAGUCUGCAUUGGAUGAGAAUACGUCGUUCAAGUCCCCUCAACUGUUCAUUGAUCAAUUGCUGAAGCUUUCCAUGGAAGGAAAUUACUUUAACGACACGGACGUAAAGAAUGAGGCCAACACCAUUGUAGCAACGGGAUACGAAAGCACAGCCCUCAUCACAUCCUAUUGCAUCCUCAUGCUGGCCAUGCAUCAGGAUAUGCAGCAGAAAGCCUAUGAGGAAAUCAAGAGUGUCAUACCAAAGACUGGAGAUGAUGUCAAGUACGACGAUCUGGGACAACUGGAUUAUGUGGAACGUUGUCUCAAGGAAACCAUGAGGCUGUAUCCCACAGUUCCUGUUGUGGCACGAAAAGUCGAUGCUCCAUUCAAACUCGACAAAUACACAAUCCCUGCGGGUACUCACAUUGUUAUUGGGGUUAUGGAGAUGCAAAGGAAUCCAGAAUAUUGGGGUCCAGAUUCUGAGAAAUUCAAUCCAGACAACUUCCUCCCGGAAAACAUUGAAAAGGUCCAUCCAUAUGCCUACGUCCCCUUCAGUGCAGGUCCCAGAAAUUGCCUGGGCAUGAAGUACGCCUACAUGCUCCUAAAGGUGAUUAUGGUACACCUACUGAGCAAUUACCGCUUCACGACGGAUAUAAAAUUCGAAGAAAUUCGCCAUCGGGUUGACAUCACGCUCAAGUUGACCAACAAGCACAUGGUUCACGUGCAUAGACGCGAAUUUGGCGGGAAAGCCAUGAUUGUGUUUGUGCUUUUGGGUGUAAUUUGUGUAUUCUAUCUCUAUGAUUUGUGGAUAAAUCGUGAAUUCUACAGGACAGCCCGUAAACUUCCGGGUCCCGUUGCAUUUCCCAUUAUUGGAAGUGCUUAUCACUUUAUCGGAUUGUCCAAUGAAGGGAUUCUCCAUGUUUUGGAUUACCUAACGACAAAAUUCACCACCCCACUGGGUUACUGGUUGGGUACAAAAUUCUUCAUUCUGUUGACAAAGCCAGAGGAUUGCCAAGUUGUUCUCACAUCCCCUCACUGUCUCAAUCGCGAUGAUGUUUAUGACUUCACGAGGAGCUAUGCUGGAGAUGGAUUAAUCGCACUCAAGAAUCCAGCAUGGAAGGAACAUCGCAGAUUUCUCAAUCCCUGCUUCAGCCUCAAGAUCCUCCAAAGCUUUAUGCCCAUCUUCAACAAAGAGGUCAAAAUCAUGGUGGAAAGGCUCAAGAAACAAGCAGAUGAUGGUGGUACCUUCGAUAUGUACAAAUAUAUCGAUGCUUGUACACUGGAUAUGGUUUGUCAAACCACAUUGGGAACUGAGAUGAAUAUUCAGAAGAAUGAGAACGAGGAAUUCCUCUAUGCGGGCAAUAAACUUUUGGAAAUCAUGACACAUCGGAUUUUCAAGCCUUGGUACCACCUCGACUGGGUAUUUCGUCUCACAAAAAUGUAUCAUGAGCAGAAGCGCUGCUCCAACAUCACGUACUCCUUCAUUGGGAAGAUUUUGCAGAACAAGAAACGGGACAUGCAGAAUAAGAAUCACAGGAAUGCCGAACGAGAAGUUGUGACGAAGCCUGAGGAUGAUUUUGAUGAGAAAGGCUCCUUCAAGUCACCUCAAAUCUUCAUUGAUCAACUCCUAAAGCUCGAAGGGAGUCACUUCAAUGACUGGGAUAUGCUCAGUGAAGCCAGUACAAUUGUAGCAGCGGGAUAUGAAACCUCCGCUCUGAUGAUUGCCUACGCCAUUCUAAUGCUUGCCAUGUACCCAGAAUACCAACAGCGAGUCUUUGAAGAAGUCAAGAGCGUCUUCCCGAACAAGGACUUUGAAAUAGCUUACGAUGAUCUCAACAAAUUAGAAUUCACUGAGAGAGUCAUCAAGGAAACAAUGAGACUCUUCCCAGCUGUUCCUGUAAUGGCUAGAAAUGCAACACAAACAUUUGACCUCAAUGGAAUAACCAUUCCCGCCGGUACAGCCAUUGUUAUUGGUACAAUAACAAUGCAAAGAGAUGAGCAAGUUUGGGGUCCUGAUGCUAAGAAGUUCAAUCCCGAUAAGUUUUUGCUUGAGAACUGGGAGAAACAGCAUCCCUACAGCUUCAUCCCCUUCAGUGCUGGCCCUAGGAAUUGCAUCGGCUUCAAGUACGGCAUGAUGUCUAUGAAAACAGCCAUAGCUCACACAAUCCGGAACCUCAAGUUCUCCACGAAGCUGAAGCUGGAGGAGCUGCGCUUUGAAAUUGAUGUCACACUGAAGCUGGUCAAUCAACAUUUGGUAACGGUUGAAAGACGCCACGAGUAAUUCCAGCAUGUACCAGUACCUUUGCCCUGUUCCUUCUUCGACAUUAAACUCCCCAGAAAUGAGAUUAACAAUAAAGUGUGUUUUUUGCCAAAGGAAAAAAA